UGUUUUCUCGUUCCUCAUGUUUUUUUUUGUUUCUGGGUUCCUCGAAAGAAAAAAAAAGGGAGCAACUUUAUUUUGGAUUCGAAGCAUCCGUCGAUCCUUUUCUUCUUAAUCAUCGGCUAAAAGUGAAAGCCCAUUCGAAUUACGAAUCAUUCCUGCGUAAAUUUGAUAUGUUCGUUCCCGAAACUCUAAAAAGUUUCCAUUUUUAGUAAAAACAAGUUGGUGUUUUGAGUUGCAGAGACUUUGCAGGUGAAAAGUUGCAAUCUUCGAAGAUGGUCUCACACGAAGAGAAUCAUCAGAGUAUUGUUGAUUGGUUUCUUAGUCCUCCGCCAUACACUUCAUACCCUCCUUACAACCUCGAGAUCAUUCAAGAUUAUGGCUGUAUCAAUAUUCAGCAGCCCGAAGAGCAUUAUAAAGAUCACGAGGUUGCUCAUCGCAGCAGCAAUGUGGAUAGCGAUGAGAUGAUUGCUCGGACUCUCCAGGAUGAUUAUUUGCCGUUUGAGGUCGAGGAAAACAACAAGGAAUACUCUCAUAGCCAAGAAGGUGGUUAUUCAAAUGCAUCUGCCACCGCUUUCGUCUGGAAUGACCAACCAACUGGGAAUUACUCCUCAGAAUGGUUUGGAAAUGAUAAUGAUCAUGACAGAAGCGAUGAUUCGGUCAAUAUCUAUCCGUGUUCAAGCCCAAGUGACACGGAAGAAUAUCGGUAUUCAUGGGAACCAACUGAUCUAAAUGAUCUUGAUGGCGAAGUUGGAAGAAGACUGAAUCAAUUGAACUCUAUUCCGCAUGUACCAAAGAUUAAUGGGGAAAUACCUUCAGAAGAUGAAGCAGUUACAGAUCACGAAAGACUUUUGAAUAGAUUGGAGACAUAUGGAUUUUCGGAGGUCAAGGUUCAAGGAGAUGGUAACUGCCAGUUCCGGGCUUUGUCAGAUCAACUGUACAAUAACCCAGAACGCCAUAAACAAGUGAGACGAGAAAUAGUGAAUCAGCUUAAGUCUUGUCGGGAGUCGUAUGAAGGAUAUGUCCCGAUGGAUUAUACUGAGUACCUGAAGAAGUUGUCUCGGAGUGGGGAAUGGGGUGAUCAUGUUACAUUGCAGGCAGCAGCUGAUACGUAUCGAGUGAAGAUACUGGUGAUGACAUCAUUUAAGGAUACAUGUUACAUUGAGAUUCUCCCCAAGUCCCAAGAUUACAGGAGAGUGAUUUUCUUGAGCUUCUGGGCAGAGGUACAUUACAACUCCAUCUACACUGAAAGAGAGACUACUAAGUCGUUGUCUUCUUCUUCUUCCUCGCCGGACCUUCAGAAAAAGAAGAAAUGGUGGCAUUUCGGCAACUAACCAGUUUUGGAGCAUUUACUGCUAACCGAGAGAGAGAAAGCCUUCGGUAUACAGAACAAAAGCCACACCAUAUUAUCUAUUAUAUACGUAAAAAUUUCACUCACGGACAUUCUGGGAAACAGAUUGAAUAAAGCUAGUUUUUAUGUUA